AUGCCAAGUCAACCCCAGCAGAACGAGGCUCGAGCUUUGCUCGCUCUACUGACGGAAUCCCUAGGAUCCAAGACAAAUGAGCACAAGCAGCUGGAAGAAGCCUUGGCGAAGCUGAAGGUACUCGGGCGAGAUGCGAACAACGUGUCUGCCAUUUAUGAUGCCGAUGGGAUGAAAACUUUGGGAAGCUAUGCCUUUGGAGACUUCCCUCCAUCAAUAAGACAUGAGGCACUCAGGUGCACUGCUAAUGCGCUUCUGUUGCUUCCGGAAACCCGCAAGUACUUGCUUAAGCUCGGCUUCGACAAGCAGGCAGCUGAUGCCCUCCGAGAUGCGGAUGAGGACGAGGAGUUUUUACUAUCUCGGAUUAUGUUCCUUCUAACUUACGACCCCGGCAUCGAUAUGGAAACUUUGGUCACCGAGCAUGGCUUAGCUGAGAGCAUUGUCCAAAGGCUAGCUCGUCAUGCAGAACAAGCGAAGAACACAAAGCGUUCAGGACUUACAGGUCAAGUAUAUAUGGCAAUGUUGGAGACUCUGAAGCUGCUUUUCAAUGCGACGAGUAUCAAAACAGACCAGGCCGCUAAAUUCAAGCCUGCUGUUGCACACAUUUGUCGCAUCCUCGAGUAUACCGACGUUCCGUCGCCACCACUCCAACCACCGAUCAACCUACUAAUCAAUGCCCUCGCAAAUCUAGACAUUGAUGGUGGAGACACACAGACUGCCGAGACGAGGUCGGCAGUAGCCAGGCUGAUCUCGAUACUUGCACUUGCCAUCGAGGGUCAUCCACCAACGGAACUCGACACUACGGCAGUGCCACUAUUAACAGUCCUGAGGAAGAUCAAUGACACUGCACCGCCGGAUUUGCGCGGCAGUAUGAAAGCACGUCUUCUACCUGACGACAAGGAACGCGAUCAACCUCUCGGAAAGUCAUCAUCGUUGGCGUCUCAACUCCUGCGAUUGACAACAUCCUCCGGAAUGCUCAACCUCUCAGAAGCAAUAUCCGGAUUGAUGUUUGAACUCUCGGGUAAAGACGCCAAUGAAUACGUGAAGAACGUGGGAUAUGGAUAUGCUGCGGGAUAUCUGAUGACCCACAAGAUCCCGAUCCCGGAGAGUGCGAAGUCCCAGGGCAAUGGAGAAUCGUCCAGCCAAGUUCCAAUCAACCCUAUCACUGGACAGAGGCUGGACAAGGAGCCAGACAUUGAGUUACCAAAUAUGACGCGGGAAGAAAAAGAGCGCGAAGCUGAACGGCUCUUCGUACUGUUUGAGAGGCUGAAGGCGACAGGAGUUGUCAACGUCAAGAAUCCAGUAGAAGUGGCAAAGGAAGCCGGGAGAGUCGAGGAGCUGAGCGAUUCGGACUCUGAUGAAUGA